AUGAAGCCUUUCACAGUCCGAUCCGCUUUUACAGCCUCAGCGCUGCUCCUCACCACCAACCUUCCAGCAGUCUUCGCCGCCGAAAUGGUAAGCGAGGGCUGUUUCAGUGACUCCACACCCUUGGUAGACCAAGGCCCCUAUAUGUAUCAGAGUAACGGUUACUGUCAACAACUCUGCAUGAAGACCAACAACAAUCUUGUCUUUGCCUUGACGAAGGGAUCGAACUGUCUCUGUGGAACUGAGCUGCCCGCGAAGUCGGCUAAGACGGCCGAUUCCGACUGUAAUGUCAAAUGCGCUGGUUGGCCUGAUGUCAUGUGUGGUGGUCAAAAUACAUUCUCCGUCUACCUGACUGGCCUAAGUUCCAACGUUGCGUACUACCAAGAUGAUGAUUCGUCUGCCAGCACCAACUCGAGCUCAACAUCAACGACCAACGGCGGGUCGACUGUGACUACUGGCAGUCAGGGUCAAGUCGUCACCCAAGGGGAGCAGACAGUAGUCGUCACAGCAGCAGCAGGCAAUGGGGUGGGCGCAACAAACGGACUCAACGAAGAAAAGAACAAGGAUGGCCCGAACACUGCUGCCAUUGCUGCUGGUGUUGUUGUCGGUGUGGUCGGAUUCUGUUCCCUUGUCGGAGCUGGAUUCUUCCUCUGGCGUUUCAGGAAGCGCACAAACGUGCGGCCGCAGUACUCGAAUAACGCUGGCGCCACCGAGCACUUUGGCAAGCCCAUGUCGCAAGAUUCCAUGUCCGAUUCGAGGUUCGAUGGCGACUUCAUGGCAAAAAGGCGCCAAAGCAAUGGUAGCAUUGAUGACGAUCAAGACUUUUCCCGUCGUAUCUUACAGGUAACAAACCCUGACCGACGUUAA